AUGGGGGCAAAGGCGAAGAAGGCAAUGAAGAAGCAGCUGAGCAAAGCGUCUGCUCAAUUAUCAGUAUCUACUCACAAUAAAGAAGCUGCUGCUACUGCUGCUGAUUUCUUGCCAUUGGAAGGCGGCCCUGCGCGUAAGCUCCCCGAAGAAAAGCCCAAGGAGGAUGUCGCCAAGGUGUUAUACAUUGGUCGGAUACCUCACGGUUUCUAUGAGAAGGAAAUGGAAGGAUUUUUCGGGCAAUUCGGUGUGAUUAAGAGACUGAGAAUUGCACGUAACAAAAAGACAGGAAAAUCAAAGCACUUUGGCUUCAUUGAGUUUGAGGACCCUGGGGUGGCGAAAGUUGUAGCUGAAACUAUGCAUAAUUAUUUGUUGUUCGAACACCUUUUGCAAGUCCAUCUUAUUCCUCCACAGCAAGUUCACCCAAAAUUAUGGAAAGGUUUCAACUACAGAGUCAAACCCUUGAACUGGGUUCAAAUUGAGCGGAAGAGGCAUGACAAGGAAAGGACAUUGGAAGAGCACAAGAAGUUGGUGGAGAAGAUUUUGAAGAGAGAUCUGAAGCGUCAAAAGAGAAUUGAGGCUGCUGGUAUUGAUUAUGAAUGCCCAGAAAUUGUUGGUAGUAUUGAACAGCCUGCUCCAAAGAAAAGGAAAACUGACCGAAAGAAGGUUGACUUGAUAGGGAUGAAGAGCAAACACUAG